CAUAAGUCACAACGCAAAAGGGAAGUUCAAUCAUGAAACAAUAUCUAAUCAAAGAUCGUUUAACUGUAAUCAGUUGGUCGCUGACCGCACUGGGAACCGCGCGCACCAACACGCCAGAGACAAACGCACGCACAAUGGAUAAUUUUCAAAUCGUGGACUUUAAUUCUCUGGAUGAGACUGUUCAGAAUCUGUUGAUGGAAGCUGUCAAAAUUAGGAAACGGGCCUAUUGUCCUUAUUCCAAUUUUUCUGUUGGUGCCGCUAUACUUACCGAAGAAGAUUCGAGAAUGUACGCCGGAUGCAACAUUGAGAACUCCACUUUGACACCAUCGAUGUGCGCAGAGAGGUCGGCUGUUGCGAAGGCUGUCUGUGACGGUUACACGAAAUUUAAAUGUGUGGCUAUAGUAGCCCAUCAAAGAGAAUUCACUGCGCCCUGCGGGGUAUGUCGGCAGACCCUCAACGAGUUCUGUAGUUCGGACGGUGACAUCGAAAUCUACUUGAGCAGGCCUACAAUGGAUACCGUUCUAUGUACUAAACUAUCACAACUUUUACCUCUUUCAUUCGUGAGUUUUAAAAAGGAUAGUGUCAUUACGUAAAAACGGAA